AUGCGCAACGCGUUCUCCCUCUUCGCGCUGCUUCAUGCCACCAGCUGGGCUCGAGCCCAAGUCUUACGGCCUCAUCCAUUGCAUGAUAGCAUUUCUUCCAGUGACCAAAUACAUCCCAGGGGCUUGGAAGAUUACUCUUUCGACAAGAAGAGCCUGUCUACUGCCCUGGAUCUCCUCGACGAGGAGCACGUCAUGUGGUCGGGCGAUAGAAGUGGGUCAGGUCUUGUCUUUCCCUCUCCACUCGAAGCUGAAUUUAGACUAACGCAACGUCUAUAAAUGAACCACAGCACCCGCGGGAGAUUUUCCAGUUGCGACCAUGCAUUUUGAGACCCACAGCAAGGAGAAGGUGGGACGUAUUUCCGUUUAGGAACCACUCAGGGGCCACCUCCUUUCUUCUUCAGACCUGAGGGCUAAUUGACACGGUAUUGCGGCUCGCGUGACAUUACCAUGCCAGGUUUUGAAUAUGCAACGUUUCUCUCGGCUAAUCUCUGAGGUAUCGUGCGGUGUGGGCCGGAUCUACAUCACGUUCAAGUCCCGCGUCGCGUUUGAUUAUGCUGCGCAGGCAUGGGAUUGGGUCCACUUGCAUUCCGAACGUGUCUUCACGUUGCUCGCUCAUUGGCGGGGUUGCAUGAACCCGGAAGGUCACUUCAUACCGUUUCACUUCAAAAAAGCUGUGCCCGAGGCCUCCACGCUGACCAUCAUGCUCGAAGGAAUCGAGGUGGCGUGGGAGGAAGCCGGCCAUACCUUCACAUUGCACGUCGGCUCGGGCCUUCGCCAGGGAGAGGAGCUCCAGAAUACUGCGACCAAGGAACUUGAGGUACCCAGUCACUUCACCGAAGUGGCGCACCCUUUACCCGCUCGGAAUGCUGGCCCACUUUUGGAAGAGAGGUUUCACAUCGGGCAUUUCCACUUCAAGCUUCCCGAUCCGUCGAUUUCUAGGAGCAAAGGGUACUCGGUUCACCUCGAUCAUAAGUACAACGGCGAGAUGGCGUCGAAGCAUCAUCUCGGACAAAACGGAUACGAAGCAACGAGCCACUGCAUCAAUUGCGGCUCAUCAGGCCGCAUCGAUAUCAGUUUUCGCCUCCGCAUUAAGUGGUUUGACAUCAAGGAGAUGGGCAUCUACGCAACCGCGUUCAACGUCGGCGCACGACUGCAGUGGGAUCUUAGCUUGAAGGUGAGCUCGUUCAUCGCUGCUCAUCCUCUGUAUCCUUGAAUCCAUUCUAUUCAUAUCUGGGUCAAACCCGUUGACAUGGGUAUCUCCUCCAUCUCGGCGUUCGUAGGCCAACACGAUCGCAUCGCUCGAUUUCGGCGGCAACAUCUUCGAAUUCCCCUUCCCUGGUCUUGGCUUCGAAAUCCCCAAAAUUUUCAAAAUGGGCUUGAUCGCGUCGGUCGGGUGGGGCAUCGGCUGCCGCAACUACACAGGGCAUCUUGAGAUGAGUCAUGGUAUCCAGUUCCGCAUACAGGACGGGGCGGAGGCGCAUAUCGACUUGGUCAGAGGCAUCGGUGGUAACGGCCAUUGGAGGCCGCAGGUAUGGUCGGCUCCUUUGCACAUCGAGGGCAAGGUCAAGGCCAAUCCAGCCGCUUCUGCGGGUAGUACGGUAGGGUUCGAGAUGGAAUUGUUCAAAACCAGUGAGUUACGCCCCAACCGUAAAUCGAGUAAUUGUCAAUGCUCGUCGCUGACAGCAGCUUGCUCGCUUGUUCGUACUUCUUGUCAUCGCCCGCAGCCCUUGCUGCGGGUCUGCGCAUCAGCGCCCCUAGUGCGGUGUUCCUCGUGAAACUCAACGACGCGAAUAAGGGGCCAUGCGGGCAAAGGACUCACCGUCCCUCAAUUCAAGUCGACGCAAUUCUUUUGGUGUACCUUGGGAUGUCGGGGGGUCUCAAUGGGGCUUUUGCCGGCUCUGAACCGAUCGGCAAGCGAGGUUUAAUCGACGGCGGUGUCCACACAUCGAAGAAUAACCAGACUCGUCGCGAGCGCCUACUCGACAUGUCGUGGAUGGAACCCAUCUUCACCGAAGAAGAGUUCAGUGAAGUCCUCGAAUCAAAUGACGUCGAUGUGAGCGCACAUGCCGCCCACCUCAAUUCUUCGAAGCACUCGCUUCACCCGCGCCGGUUGGGUUUCUUCGCGAAUCUUCCCAUCUAUCAUCACAGCUGGCCCCUGAUCAAAGAACUCUGCAUCUCUAUCGACCCGCACGUUCCUCCCCAAAAACGCUCGCAUCCUCGCGACUUGCUCAUCGGUCCAUGA